AUGAAUAAGGAAAAUUAUGGAAAUACUGUCAACAACCAAGAACAGAUAUUGCAUGGUUCAAGCCCCUGCUCUGUCUCAUCACCUGAUCUGAUCUUAAUGGAGUUAAAACAAGCUAAACUUAAUCUUGGUAAAACUCUAAAUGAUCUUGGGGUGAUACAAUCUUCGGUUGAAUCUUUGAAUAAGAAGAUGAAGAAGGAGAAGAUUUUUCUUGGGAGGACACACGACAUGCAAACAUCAAAAUAUGCCGCUGUUUGUAUUCAAGAGAGAGCUCAAGAACAAAAUAGAUUAAGUCCUCCUGUAGCUCCUGUAGAAACAAGUAGCAUUUUCGGAGAUCCCAUGAACAUUAUUAAGAGUUUCAAUUCUGACGCUGGGCAGUACAAUAGAAUGGUUGAAACAAGAUCUGAAGUUUCAAGUCCCUUCAAUAUGUACGAAGAGAAUGGAUUUGGUAUCAAAACUGCAGAGAUGAGGUGGUUGGCAGCUAAGAAGAUGGAAGAAGCUGCGAUGGCAGCAGAAGCCUUUGCUCUUACUGAAAUCAAGGCACUAUCUAGCACUGAGAGACCAUCUGCCUUUGUCCUGCCAGAGCCCGAGAAAGUGACUUUUCCUUUUGGGGAGCAAUCUCUAACCCCGGAAGCUCAAAUACCCGAAGAGUCAACCACAAAGGAGGUCAUAGAUUCCAAGUUUCAAAUGGAUGAUUUAAAUAUUUCUAAACUGACUAUUCUGAGAAGGAUGGAGGAAGCAACAGCAGAAGUUCGGCAUAGCAAGCAAAUCUUGACAGAAGCUCUGAACAGAGUUGAAAGUGCAAACAGGAAGCAACAUUCUGCUGAAGAGGCUCUGAGGAGAUUGAUUCCUGAGAAUGAUCUCAAGGUACAAGCAAUGUAUAACUCUAUCAAGUGCAACAAAUUCAAUUUAGCCGGAAACUGUCAGGAUUCUCCUCUACCAGGUGUAACAAGAUCAAACCCAGUGAACAACAAUCCAAAGCCUGCUUUAAAGCCAACAGUUUCAAUGAGAGAUGUGCUUAGCAGAAAGCAAGUUCCUGAAGAAUAUGCUAACAGAAAAGAUAUGGAAGAGCAUACUGAAAGACAAAAGGUUGCUUUGAGCCAAAUGCUGCGUGCACUAAGGGAAGAUCUUACGCUUCCUCCAAAAUCAGAGAAAGAUGAGAGCGAUCAGAAGUACAUAGCCCAGAGGAAGAAGUUUGGAUUCAUUCAAAUAUCACUCCCACUUUCAAGGCCGAGUAAGAAAAGGGCUUGA